GCUUCAACUACCAAAGAGAGAGGCUCAGCCCUCAGCCUCCAAAGUUAUUGGCUUGUUAAAGCCUAUAGGGAAAGAAGAAAAGUCGUCAACGACCCUCUGCGAAGUUUGAGAAGGCUGUGUUGAAUAAUAAGCAAAUAUUUUCAAGCUCAACAUUAAGGAGAAGCCUAUUCCAACAUGGACAUCCAGAGGACCGGCUCGUUGGUGCGUCCACCCAGCCCCAUGGAGAGCCUGGAGAAGCAGCUGAGCUGCCCUAUCUGCCUGGAGAUGUUCACUAAGCCCGUGGUCAUCCUGCCCUGCCAGCACAACCUGUGCCGUGGCUGUGCCAGCGACCUCUACGACUCACGCAACCCCUACCGCUUCUCGGGCGGCGUCUUCCGCUGCCCCACCUGCCGCUUCGAGGUGGUCCUUGACCGCCAUGGCGUUCACGGACUUCAGCGCAACCUGCUAGUGGAGAACAUCAUCGACAUCUACAAGCAACAGCAGGAGGGUGGUGGGGGUAGUGGCGUUGGAGGCAGCACAGAGACUCCACUGAAGCCCAAGGACUCCAAGGAACCCAUGUGCCAGGAACACGAGGAGGAGAAGAUCAACAUCUACUGUGUGACCUGCCAGAUGCCCACCUGCUCCAUGUGCAAGGUGUUUGGCCAACACAAGGACUGUGAGGUGUCACCACUGGCCGGUGUCUACCAGGUGCAAAAGGGCGAGCUGAGCAACGCUAUCGACACCCUAGUGGCAGGCAACGGGCGCCUUCAGGCCCUGCUCAACCAGAUGGAGGAUACCUGUCAGGCGGUGCAGGACAACGCACAGCGUGCCAAGCAAAGCCUAGGUGAGCGCUUUGACCUGCUCUACGCAGUGCUCGAGGAGCGCAAAGGCCUGCUGCUGGAACAGAUCGGCAAGGAGCAGGACGAGAAGGUGACUGCGUUGCGGGCGCUGGCCCAGCACUACAGCGAGCGACUGCAGGCGGGAUCAGAGCUAACGGACACAGCGGUACGGGCCCUGGAGCAGAGCGGUGCCGCAGAGUUCUUGCUGGCCUCCAAGGGCCUUAUCACACAGACCAAGGACACCGCCAAGAUCUCCCUGGGCGAGGACAGGCCUGAGCCGGGCUUUGAGAAGAUGGACCAUUUCACGCUGUCCACGGAGCACGUGGAGGCCGUCCUGGCCAAGAUGGACUUUGGAAUGGUCGAAGACGAUGCGUUCGAGGAUGCCGAAGGGGACGAAGAAGAGGAGUGAUGAAACUUGAAAAUAUACGAACUGAACAAAUGAACAAACUAUUUACUACUUUUGAAGGUUCUUUUAACCUGAAUGUUCCUGGCAGGGACUCUAGUUGCAAUGUUUCAGUGAUAUUAAAAGAAGUUAGGAGUAAAGUGGAA